AUGUCCAGCGUAAUUGAAGAAAAGCAACUCAGUACGACCGAUCGUUCUGGUAGUGAACCACCACGUUCCACUCGUGACAAUCAUCAUGCACGGAAACCACCUAGUAAAGCUUCCGUGAAGACCAGAGCAUCGAGUCGUGUUUCUUCUCUUUCCGCUUCCAUACUUUGUCGUACGCUGAAAACUUGGGAGGAAUGGGCCACUCUCCAUAAGAUUCGCUUUAUUGAAGAAGAUUGGAAGAACGAUGAAUUCAAUAAUUUCAUGAAGUCACUCAAAUACCCGAGCUGUAUUCUGGAGGAAGACGUAAUACGUAUGGUUGAUGCCUGGCUACAUCACCUUCCAAAUGGUGAACAAGUUCAACGCGAGUUUAGUAGUUGGCGCGAUCGGCUGAAUAGCGACAAGAUCGAGCUUGGUGACAAAUAUCAAUUUGCGAUGUCGCUACCAAUUCUUCUUUAUGCUUGGAAGACUGCCUUAAUCCACGCUGAACCAAAGAUAAACGAAGCGUCAAAUCGCCGAGGCGCAGAUAUUUUAAUUGAGCUUGCGUUUCAAAGUCGUCCCGGGGGCCGACUCUAUAUGGAGGUAGAUAUGAUUCUGCCAGGCCACCCGGAUACUGUUAAAGCCGAUGCUGUCGCAUCACUAACCCUGCCGAGGGAGUGGACAAAACUCAUGGGGCGACUUCGUAAUCAACACGUGUUCUCAUGGGCAUGGUGUGAGAAAUUGACCAAGUUGCCAGCAUCGAUUGUCACAUUAGGUUUCGAGGCAAAAGUGGACGAUCCCAAAGUUGUGUCUCGUCAAGUCCAACUUACCAUGUUCUCAAGCCAGCUGCACCGGCGGGCUCUCGGUCUCACGGAUGGACCAGUAUUUGGCACUGUCCUUAGCGACAAUAAACUUCAUUUUUAUGUCUCAGUUUGGGAGAAUGAUACAGUAGUUGUGCGAUGGGUGAAUGACAUAUUUGAGCUCACAGAGUUUGGCCGCUUCAUCGAGUGCUACUUCUUUCUCUGCGGAAUCUCAGAAUUCCAGUCCUCGUGGCUCAAAAACGAGAUGAAGCGUUGGGACGAAGAUCGAGAUAAGCAAGAGACAAAGCUACGGGAGUCGGCGACUAAUCCCUGGCGAAAAGGUGGCAAAGAGAACAACAAAGGUGGCCGCCACGCGAACAAUAGCAACCAAGAUCGUGGAGACGAAAACGAUUUGGGCGAGGUAGAGCCAGACGAAGCGGAUCAAGACGAUGAAGAGGUUGACGUCGGAACUUCAAGGAAGCACGAUAUAGAGCUUUUGGAAGAUAGAAUCAAUAGAGGCGAUUCGCUUCCCAAAGACGGUUACCCAUUGACGGAAGUAUCCCGCUAUAUUUUCGAUCACAAUCUGAAGUUUCAGUCACGUCGCCACGUACCAUCUGUGUUGGAAUGGGCGAGAGAUUCAAGCCAGUUUGUUGGAUAUUACGAGGAGCGGAUUCGGACUUGUUAG